AUAUUCUCAUCAUUUGUCUUCACAACCUUCUUCGCUUAGCUUCAGUUUUUCUCGUUAAAAUGAGUUUCGCUACGCAUUUACAAAAAAUUUUGGAGAAAUUAUUAAUUUCUGAUAAGAGCCGUUCCGAGUAUACAAAAGAUGCCGAGGAAAUUCAAAAUUAUGUGAUUGAGGAACUGAAAGGAGUAGAUACAACUUUUCGGGAUGUUUUUGAUGGUCUCAGCCUGGGUGGAAGUUACUUAGAUCGCGUGAAGCUAAACGUACCCGAUGAAUUUGAUCUACAUAUGAAACUUAAGUUUCCUUUUUCUAUACGCCCGAAUUUCUAUGGUAACGAUGCGUUUGUUUUUUUGGAAGUGAAUUCUGCCAUAUCGCAGAGCCAACGCGUUCAUCGAAUUUUACUUCAAGAUUGGUUGCGAGAUGCAUUCCAUAAAGUAUUUAAGCCGAAUCUUAUGGUUACCACUAGCAGUGCCCGAGUCUACAGAUUGAAUUAUACACUUGAGGGAUACGGAUGUGCCCACACCAUUGAAGCUGUGUGCGGAAGUCGCACCAUAUCCUUUGAUUUGGUGCCGGCGUUCGAAUUCUCUGGAAAGCAGUGGCCGUUGGCAGUUCCACCAGUUCCUACUCAGAUUCGCGACGACUGGCCUUGGUUUGCCAUUCCGCAAAAGAAGGGUAAGGCAAAAUACAAAUCGAAAACAUCCUUUAUGGUUUGUGCACCGCAUUGGGAGCGUGAAAUCAUGAAGGGCUCGGAUAAUUUGAAGAACGUUUUGCGGCUGAUGAAGGGAUUGCGGGAUGCCCACGUUUCGAACCUACCGCAUCUGUCUAGCUACAUGUUAAAAUCCGUAUUGCUCCACCGAAUUGGAAGUGUUGACUGGCAAAGAGAUCUUGGAACUCUUUUGGUGGAGAUGUGGGGCCAUUUGGUGGAUCAUCUUCGAGCUGGUAGGCUGGAUUUUUUUUUGGCACGGGGACAUAACGUACUCAGUCGAAUGAAUAAUGAUGAAAAAAAGAAAUGUCGACUCAUCGCUGAGGUUUUGCUACAAAAACUUCGUGUGGCUCAGUCAAGUGGCAACUAUUCCCAUGCGCUGGAACUUUUUUAAUUUUUGAAUUAUUAUUAUUUAACCAACAAAUCGUGGUUUAAACUGAAUACCAGUGUUCUCUGAUUUGGGAUUUCUAUUACAAAAAACUCAUCAAGUUUCUUUGCUAAUCAUUUUUUUUCGAGUUCGACGCGAAUAAAUAAACAAUUGGCUGAAAAAUGCAAACGCAGCUGAAUAGGGAAAGUCAAUUUUUCAAAGUCCAAUACAUAUGUACAUAUACUCAUUUUGUUCUUAUUCUUUAAACUGAAUACCAGUGUUCUCUGAUUUGGGAUUUCUAUUACAAAAAACUCAUGAAGUUUCUUUGCUAAUCAUUUUUUUUUCGAGUUCGACGCGAAUAAAUAAACAAUUGGCUGAAAAAUGCAAACGCAGCUGAGUAGGGAGAGUCAAUUUUUCAAAGUCCAAUACAUACAUAUACUCAUUUUGUUCUUAUUCUUUAAUUCUGAGAAAAAUAUAUAAAUAUUUUGAACUAAA